AUGACGUGGCUACAGUCGAAAUUUCUUCGAGUACAGUAUGCUGCGCUGGAAGCGGGUCUUGUUUAUGCCGAGAAGGAGACUGAUGAAGUAGGUGUGGGCAGUGAUGGUUACAAGCCUGAGGUGGACGCUGAUUUGUCAGAAAACUCGUUACUUACUCAGGGUUUGCUGCUCAGUCGCCAGACGAUUCACCUUCUCGAGAAAGCUUUUCCGGAAGGUACCGUGGAUGAAAGGAUCAGAAAGCUGGUCACAAAAAAUCGGCAGCUUCAGUUAAAGCUGGACGAGUUGCAGUCAGCGUUAACCGCCGAGAAGAUGGCUAAACUUGAUGCACAGAAGAACAUAGACUUCGAAACUAAUUCCGCCUAUGAUCCACAGAAAGACGUUGCAAAGCAGUUGGCCGAUUUAAAGUUUAAAUUGCAAGAAGUUGAGCGUGAAAAUUCAAGCCUACAGGCGAAUGUUGUGAGAUUAGAAUCUCACGUUAAACGAUACAAAACGCAGGCGGAACAGGCAGAGAAGGACGUCGUAGAGUUGAAACAGGCAAACAGACUAUACAAGAAGGAGCUCAAGGAAGAAGUUGGCUUUUGCUGCAAUGUAGUAGGCCUGCGGCUGCUAAUACCGCUUCGCGAAAAAGACAGCGCACUGGAUGAUGCUCAAGAAAGUAACAAACACCUUCAAAGCCGUUUAAAGAGGUUGCACCCGUCAUAUCGAAGUCCCCGGUGA